GCUCUGUUGAGUCUGCUGUCUACCAGACUGAGGAGUAAACUACCAAACUGGCACAGGCUAGGCAGCUAAUCAGGUGCUAAGUCAGCUAACUUGCAGGGGAGCAGUAUUUUACCUUACACCUAGCGGUAGUGUUAUAAUGGUUGUACCAAAACGGCAAGGCUAGCAACAGUCAAAUGAGGCAGCAGGUCGUUUUUUAGGUUGUUUUUUUAUCGGCUAGGUUUAGCUAAUGCGGAAGGCACCCCACAGAGUGAUCAAUGGUUAGCGUAACGUAGGGGACAUAAUAGUCUGUUCAUUUUAAAGGCAGUUCUUCCCGAGGAGAGGAUGUCCAAACGCCUACGAAACACUGAGCUCUGCGCUGACUGCAGUGUCCCAGAGCCUCGCUGGGCCUCAGUCAACAGAGGGGUGUUGAUUUGCGAUGAGUGCUGCAGUGUUCAUCGGAGUCUGGGCAGACAUAGCUCCCAAGUCCGCCACCUGACGCACACACCAUGGCCUCCUACGCAGCUACAGAUGGUUCAGACAUUAUACAGCAACGGUGCAAAUUCAAUAUGGGAGCACUCUCUUCUGGACCCUGCGUCUGUGAUGAGCGGCAAACGCAAAGCCAACCCCCAGGACAAACUGCACCCGAACAAAUCUGAGUUCAUAAGAGCCAAAUAUCAGAUGCUGGCAUUCGUCCAUCGCAUGCCCUGCAGGGAGGAUGACAGCUCCACAGCCAAGGAUUUGAGCAAACAACUUCACUCAAGUGUACGCACUGGGAAUCUGGAAACCUGUUUAAGGUUGUUAUCCCUGGGAGCACAAGCUAACUUUUUUCACCCUGAAAAGGGAAACACUCCUUUGCAUGUAGCAGCAAAGGCAGGUCAGGUAUCUCAGGCUGAGCUAUUAACUGUUUAUGGGGCGGAUCCUGGAGCCCCCGACAGCAACGGCAAAACUCCCAUUGACUAUGCAAGGGAAGCUGGCCACCAUGACCUGGCGGACAGACUGGUGGAGGUCCAGUAUGAACUCACUGAUCGACUGGCUUUCUACUUGUGUGGAAGGAAACCAGAUCAUAAAAAUGGGCAGCACUUCAUCGUUCCACAGAUGGCUGACAGGAACAUCAGUUUAGAUUUGUCUGAACUGGCAAAGGCAGCAAAGAAGAAACUGCAGUCUCUCAGUAAUCAUUUAUUCGAGGAACUGGCCAUGGACGUGUACGACGAGGUAGACAGGCGAGAGACUGAUGCAGUGUGGCUGGCUACACAGAAUCACAGCACCCUGGUGACAGAGACAACCGUGGUGCCUUUCCUUCCUGUGAAUCCAGAAUACUCAUCAACAAGAAACCAGGGGCGACAAAAGCUUGCAAGAUUCAAUGCACAUGAAUUUGCCACUCUGGUCAUUGAUAUAUUAAGUGACGCAAAGCGCAGACAACAAGGGAACUUAGUAUCCAGCCCCAAAGAUAAUGUUGAAUUUAUCCUGAAAAGCGUGGCUGUGAGACACGGCAGUGACAGCCAGGACAAUGACCAGCCAGACUACGACAGUGUGGCAUCUGAUGAGGAUACAGAUCACGAGCUGCCCUCCAGUAAGGGAGACAGGACGAAGAGCCUGGACUCUGACCUCUCAGAUGGCCCCAUCACCAUGCAUGAGUACCUGGAGGUCAAAAACGCACUCACAGCCUCUGAAGCAAAGAUCCAGCACCUCAUGAAAGCCAACAACGACCUGAGUGACGAGCUGCGGCUCAUGCAGAGAAAGCUGCAAUCUCUGCAAAGCGAGAACACCUCUCUCAGGCGGCAGGUCACUACCAAUAUCUAUCAGGUCCCCAGCGGUUCAGACUACCCUGACCCCUCCAGUCCCUCAGCCCUGAAACGCCGGCAGUCUUCGCGGGCCAGUCGGCCCAUGUCUAUGUAUGAGACCGGCUCAGGCUUGAAGCCCUUCCUCCCUAAAGGGGAAACUCCUUACCCCGAGGAGGCUCUCCCCACCCUGCAACCCUUCCCACCUCAUACGGAAAGGGCAGCUUUUGUGACCACAUCUUCAUCCCUCCCCUCAUUUCCAUCCACCCUGUCCUGGCCGAGGGACGAAAGUGUUCAAAAGGCCUCAAAGUUAGAGAAGCAAAGCAGCAUGCCUGAAAGUGACUAUGACAACACAUUCAAUGAAUCAGAGAUGGAGGAUUCGGGUUUGUGCAGGAGGACAAGGCUGAGGAGCAGCGGCUGGAUGGGUGAGGGCAGCUCCAUCCCUGAGCUGGCAGACGCAGAGAUGGAGACAGACCCCACGCUCCCCAGCACCGAGGACGUCAUCCGCAAAACAGAGCAGAUCACCAAGAAUAUCCAAGAGCUGCUGCGAGCUGCUCAGGAGAACAAACAUGACAGACCAUGUGAGCGUGAAGGUGUGCGCAGGCUCAGGCACAGCCUGGGAUGUUUCAGCACUCUGGUGCCCUGGGCCGAGAAGGCCCCCCCUCCCCUUCAACCACUCAGCCUCCGGCCCCCUGACCCCUCCUCCUGCUUCAUACCCUGCUCAGAAAGAAUACAUGUGGCUGUAACAGAAAUGGCAGCUCUUUUUCCUAAGAAGCCGCGCUCAGAGACAGUCAGAGGCUCUCUGCGCUUGUUGACCUCGAGUGCCUACCGGCUUCAGAGCGAAUGCAGGAAGGCGUUGCCCUCAGAGGGCUGUCCAGGACCGGACAUGCAGCUUGUCACCCAGCAGGUCAUCCAAUGUGCUUAUGACAUUGCCAAGGCAGCCAAGCAGCUUGUGACCAUCACCACUAAAGAGAAUACAAACUAACAGCACUUACAGGCUGCGAAGCAGUCAGCCUCUCAGUUUUGUUCUUAUAUAAAUAUUUUUAAUGAUUUUGUUUUGUUGUUUUUUGUAUUUGUGGUAUAUGCAUGCAUGUUUUUUAAUUUAUGAAUCAUUAUUAAAAUAAUAAAAGCUAAUUCUGGACACAACAUGAGUUUUAGGGAAAAGGACAGCGACCUUUCUUAGAAAUACCCAGAUGAUGUAAUAGCACAAUUUCUCAUGAGAUAAAAACUAAAGCUUUCACAAAUCAUGUUUAGCCAAAAUGCAGCAGCUAGUCAGACUAGGAACUGUUAUUCUUAGAUUACUCACACAACUCAAGAAAUAACAAUCUUUAAAGUCCCUGUAAAGUGAAAUCCAAACUUUGUGUCUUAACACACUAACUAUGUUGGAAUAAGGGUGCUGUAAGUAUGUCAAAACACUGAGCUCUAUGUGUGAGUGAUUUUUUUAUUGAAACUAUUAGAAGGUAUUUCACCUCUUUCCCGGUUUGGUCUUAUUUGAGCAUGGCAAAUAUACCUAUCUGGGUGGGGAAUUACCCCGUCCCCCUAGCAUUACCUUAUUAAAAUCACAAAGCAGUUCAUCUUAGUACAGUCUGUUGUUAGCUGAUGUCACUGCCUUCAUUGAAAGUUAACAGCAAGUUACAUGCUGUGUGUUUGUUCAUUGUGAGGUAAAUUUCCCAAAUCUAUCAGCCACAGUGGUCUAGGGGUCAUUAAAAGUAUCUUUACAGAUAUCUGUGCCAGAAUACAGUAAAUUUAAUCCCCAACCUCUGGCACAAAGCCAGGCAGCUUCACUCUGAACAGAAACAUUUUCUUAAAUUUGAGAGGAUUUAAUUUCUCAUGAGGUGGUGUUCUCAUUCAACCGACACACCCACACCAUCCUAGAGCAGAUAUUACUGCCUCAUUUUUCAUGAUUUUGAAGCUUGUUUUUAUAAACUGAGAUGUGUUUGUCAUUACUGAAAUUUGGCGUUGUGGUUCAUAACACAGUAGCUUGACAUACAACAAACCUAAAAUAAAUAUUUUUAAUCACUUUACAGGGACUUUAAUCAAUCCAAAACAUGAAAAAACAAGAGAAGCACAUUACAGUAGAUCCACCUGAUAAUAUUGGUAGCUGUAUCAGUCCAAAGUCAGACAUGGAUGCUGAAAAGCCAUAAAUGUUUCAUGAAUCCAUGCUAACACUCUUGUAGCUGAUGUAUCUAACUGUCAUCAACUGCACUGUGCAGGCAUUAUCAUCCUGCUAAGUUUAAUGUCCAAAAACCAACUGACCAUAUUGCCAGCUUUGAUUAAUGUUGGGAACUUAACUCAUGCACAUGUUGUUGCUCUGUAAUGCUAAUGUUUCUGCAUCCAAGAAGCUAUUUAUAUGUUUGUCCUCUGUCCAAGUGUAAUCCAGUCUGCAGUGCACUUGUUGCAGCUAUUAAUGUUUGCACAUUUGUUAAGUCAGUGAAUGCAACACUUGUUAAGGGGGCCAAAGUUAUCUUCUUGACUGGUGCCAAGAUGCUGUAUUAAUUUCUAAUGAUCGACCAUGUUGCUAGCAGGCUCCUCACAGUUGGUUGUAAUUCUGUGUUCUUGUGUGCCAUUGCAGUGCUGGUGAUGUUAUGCAGAGCUAAUAGCCAUACUGUAUGUACAUCCAUGUUGCUGCUAGUUUUGUAUUUAAAGUGCAACAUUUGGGAUAGAAGCAUAAACGUCUCAUGUAAAAAAAAAUGUGCAACUCAACAUUCAUCCUCAACGUGUUUCAGAGUUCAUACUCAUUUUAAAGUCUGAUCAAGGUCAAGUUUCUCUCUGCACUGGAAUGGCGUGCAGGGAUGUAUGUGAUGCAGCUGUUAAAUUGCUCUUGGAAAAAUAAUUAUUUUCUAAAUAAACUUAAUUUAUAACUAA